AUUGCCGAACGAGGUGUCGUUGUCGGUGCUGUGGAAAGCUUAUGCGGAGGUGCCGAAAAUACUGUCAAAAUAUUUCGAAAAAAAUGGGGACGAUUUUUUGCUUUUGCGGACUUUGUCCCACAUCAUCUAGGUGUUCCAAAUCGUCAUUACCAUCAUCGUCAUCAGCUAGUGACUAUUCCUCCUCCUCCUCCUCCUCCUCCAAUCAACAUGGAAAUUCCUUUAACAUUGACCACAUCUUCGCUCCUAGAACUGCGACGUCUGAUGGAAAUCAACAUUCGAAUGGAUUGAGUAAGUUCGCUCAACACACUUUAAAGUGGUCUCAGCUGUACUGUAAAAGGUAUCUGAUUCGCAUGGAAAAAAAAUAA